AUGUUACUCGAUGUGAAAGACCAAGUAAGAGGCCUCAAAGAAGACCUUGAACUUAUGCAACAGUUUCUCCAAAAUGCUGAUGCGAAUGCAGAUAUAAAUGAUAUUAGCACUGUGAUCAAUCAAAUUAGAAAACUAGCUUAUGAUGUUGAGGAUAUCAUUGAUACUUACAUUCUUAAAUUUGAAGCAAAGGCUAAUGUGUGUGGCAAGAAGGGCUGCUUUCUAAAAUACUUGUGCUUCCUACGUACUGCACCUCAAGCCUACUGUAUAGGAAGGAAGAUACAGUCGAGGCAGGGUAAAGUGAAGCGAAUAAGUGAUAUCUUAAUUGAUUCUGGGGUGAGAAGAAUCGCCAAGGCAGGUGAAGACUUAACAUCAUCCAGUAGCCGCGAAAGAUAUUCAAAGAAAAAGCCUCGAAAUUAUCCCUAUGAUGAUGAUGAUGAUGGCGGUGACUUGAUUGUUGGGUUAGACAAAGACAUCAAAAUGUUGGUACAAGUAUUGAUGGGAGAAGGGAAGACUCAAGUAAAAUUUGUUUCGAUUGUGGGGAUGGGUGGCUCGGGGAAAACCACCCUUGCUAGGAAGCUCUACAACCACCCAUUUACUAAAGAUUGCUUUGAUUGUUUUGCAUGGGUUUAUAUUUCUGAAACAUGGAGCACCAGGCACAUUCUAUCUGAAAUCUUGAGAAAAGUUAGUAGCCCAACAGAGGUGUGCAAUUUGAAUGCCGAAUCAAGCAUGAAUGCGCUAGUGGACAAGCUCCGAAGCAUCCUGGAAAAGAAACUGUAUUUGGUAGUCUUGGAUGAUGUGGGGAGGAAGGAGGUUCUAGUGGACAUACUCCCUGCAUUCCCACGGGUGAGCAGUAACAAAGGAAGCAAAAUUAUUAUUACCACUCGAAACGAAGAAGUUGUUCUUCAAUUUCAGAACCUACAGAGGCACUUAUAUGUACAUAAGCCCAUGCCUCUGAGCAAGGAAGAAAGUUGGGAACUGUUCUGCAAGAUCACUUCCAAUCACCAUACAAAUUGCAAUGAUAAAACUUACAAGGAUCUAGGCCAGGAAAUGCUAAAGAAAUGCGACGGACUUCCCUUGGCUAUAGUAGCAUUAGCUGGUAUCUUGAACACAAAAACAAACAUUUACGAAUGGCAACAGGUAAGUAAGGCUGUAAGGUCAAGGGUGAUGGAAGGCACAUGCACACAUCAGUAUGGUAAAGUAGGAGAAAUGCUCGCCCUCAGCUUUGAUGAUCUACCUUGUGACCUUAAGCCUUGCUUUCUUUAUUUGGGUGUUUUUUCGGAAGAUUGUCAAAUUCCGGCUGGAAUGCUAAUCAGAAUGUGGAUAGCUGAGGGUUUUAUCACUGCAAAUGAUGCCAUGUCCCCUGAAGAUGUGGCAAUGCAGUAUAUAGAAGAACUGAGUCACCGGUUCAUGAUUCAAGUAGUGCGGACCAAUAUGAAGGGAGAAAUUAAAGCAAUUCACUUGCAUGAUCUAUUGCGCGUACUUUGUAUCAAGAAGGCCCAAGAACAAGGUUUUCUUCAAGUAAAAAAUCUACCUUCCAGUGAUGAAUCUCCAGUAGCAUUUCAGUCAAGAAGGGCUUCUCUUCAUUCCAGCAUGUCCAUUCCUAAACAAGCUUCAAAAUUGAGGUCACUUGUAAUAUUGACAAGAUCUAGUGUUACACAUUCUGCCUAUGAAUCCAAAGAGUCAUUUAACUUUAAGAUUAUCCAUCAUAAGUUCAAACUGCUUAGACUGUUAAAUCUUUGGGGCAUUAAAACUACCACAGGAGGUUUGCCUUCAGAAAUAGGAAACUUAAUACACUUGAGGUAUCUGGGAAUUCGGGCUUCUAAUGUCACAGAGUUCCCCACAUCAAUUGGGAAGUUAAGAAAUCUAUUGACUUUGGACUACAGGAAUGUUGACUGCUCUGAUAAAAACGUCGAACUUCCUAAUGUCUUGUGCAAGCUUGUGCUACUAAGGCAUCUAUUUUUGCCAGAUGAUUGCCCUUGGACUCGUGAAGAAUUAAAGUUGAGUGCUCUCAGAAACUUGCAAAUACUCUGGGGUGUGAAAUGUGGAGGGGGUGAUUGGUUUUCAAGAGAGAUGCUUGAACUAAGCACAACUAUAAGUAAGCUAAAGGUAAUUGUAUCCACUGAAAAGAAUUUGGAGGCUGUCUUUGAUUCCCCUAGCAUAUUUUCCAAUCAUCUCCAUACAUUCCACUGUGAAUGGAGUGUUGAUGUGGCCUUGAAAUAUGUAAAUCACGCCAUAUCUCAGAAUCAACACAUUCAUAAACUGGUAUUGGUUGGACAGAUAAAUGUGGAGAAGCUGUCUCUCAUAUUGCCGCCUAAUCUUUUAAUACUGGAAUUGAAGGAUAGUAUUCUAGAGAACGAGGAUAUUAUGGUAGUUGCUGGAGCGUUAGCCCACCUGAAGCUCCUAAGGUUAUCAAAUUCUUACAUGGGAACAACAUUCACUUGCAACUUUGGUUCCUUUCUUCAGCUCGAGGAGCUCUACCUUGAGAACCUUCAGAAUUUGGCCAUGUGGACUAUCAAGAAGGGAGCGAUGUCAAGCCUAAAGAAACUUGAGAUUUUAAAUUGUCAAAGUUUACACUUUCCACAAGGGUUGGUGUUUGUCACCACCCUCCAACAACUAGAGUAUUUCGGCGUGCCCAAAAAAUUUGGUGAAGAGGCUAGGGUGCAUGGGUGGUCGCAAAAAAGGCUGAGGCUGCCUCAUAAUUAUGAAGCCAUAAUUGAACAGUGUGAUGAUCCAGUUGACAUGUCUUCCAUCCACAAACUCUAUGAGCAGCUUACUGCUGGGAUUUUUCUGAACAACAGAACAAAGGCAAGCUCAUCUAUAAUUCUGAAUAAUAUAAAUGUUCAACUCCCAAAAUUUCCAUAUGUUUCCCCUCUAAAAUGCUGGAUCAAAUUUUCGAAUCAUCUGUCUGUUUCGUUUGAUUUAGUUAGUUCCUGUUAUUACAGAAGUUCUGGGUCGUGA